AUGAACUUAAUAUCUUUUCAUUCGAUCUUGCUAUUCGUUUCAGCCUGUCUGGCGGCAGAUGCUCAGGUUGCCUGGCGUCUGGAGCGUAACACCAAGGUCUCUUCAUUAGUAGCAAGAGACACCAAUGGCACUGUCAUUGCGGAGACAUGUAGCAGUACAAUUUACGCAAAACACCCUAUCGACUUCUCAAAUGUUGAUGAAAUCGAUGGUAGUGGAAACUUCACCGUUGGUAAUGCUACCUACAUGGUUCAUAGCAACCCUGACUGGUCUGGGGGACCUGCAUGCUCUCGGACUUUCAACCCACAAUACAUUCUUGUCCUGUGCUCGGGAGUCAGCUGGGAUGCUGCUGAUGCCGUUGGUGACAAGCCAAGAGCCUGCUUUACUGAGAGUCCUACGAAUGGCGAACUGCAGUUCCUGCAGAACAAGACUCUGAAUGACGCGAGUCAGAUGCACAAGCGAGGCUGGUGGGAUAAGUUUAAAAACAAAAUGCGGGACGCCUUUUCGACCACAGAAAGAGAGCUUGAUGGGGAUGGAAAUCCUCGCCAGCAUUAUUUCCACCAGCAGAUAUCGGAACCCAUCCGCUGCGGCAACAGCCAGGGCUGUACCGUCGGCAAGACAGAUUCGGAGUCCUUCAGUGUUGGGGCCACUUUCAGCAACGAAACUGUCUGCAUUUGGUACAAUACCGCCCACACGACUUACACCGUGAAAGACACUACACGCGCGCCAGGCGAGUAUAAAAAAACGACGAGCAUCUAUGACAUUUCUUCUCCCAACAAGAACAACAAGGGCGGCGAUUACUACUGUGUGGUCGGUCACUGUAAAGCCAAGGGCGAUAGUUGGUGGGACAGGAAUGGCCGUCGUGGCGGUCCUUAA